CUGGGAAGCCGUUGAGUCCCUAAAUUAAUUUGUCAACAUGUUGUUCAAAAUGUUAACAGUCCUGGCCUUGGCUUCGGCGUGCCAGGCGAUAUUCCCAUUCCACCACCACCACCACCACCCGGCGGUGUCCCACCAGGACUUCCAGAAGCACGACGGGCCUCACCACCCUGUCCACGUGCCAAUCCACCACGUGCCGAUCCAUCACCAUGUGCCAAUCCACCACCACCUGCCGCUGCUGCACCAUCACAUCCCUCAUGUGCCACACGUGCCAAUCCACCAUGUGCCGCACCAUGACCAUUAUGCCUUCCCAGAAUACAAGUUCGCGUACUCUGUGCACGACCACCACACUGGUGACGUGAAGUCCCAGCACGAGCUGCGCCACGGGGACGUCGUCAAGGGCGGGUACGAGCUUGUCGAGCCCGACGGCAGGUUCAGGAAGGUCGAGUACAAGGCUGACGACCACACCGGGUAA